CCAUUCCAUUCCUCCUCUUCUUCACCAUUUAUUUCUCCUAAAAUUUUUUUGUAACAAUUCUUUAACAAAACAAAUAAAUAAAGAAUCCCGAAGCAAAGUUUCAAUCUUCACCACUUUCAUCACCAUGUCCGAUUCAACCGUAGAUACAUACAUAUCUUUUGUGUGAUUUAUACAUAUUAAAGAUUCUCAUUAAGAACCUUCCUUCUUCUUCUUCUCUUGUUCAUGGCGGUUCAAGCUCAUCACCAUCCUUCCACUGUCUUCUUCCUCAACAGAAACGGACAAGAAGGGAAUGAAUGCUCGCCGGAGCUGCACAAAUCUCAGUUUCCUUCCAUCAACGCCGGGGUCGAUUCAAGAAAGCGAGCCAGAGAAGUUUCGUCCGUGAUUGAUUUAGAAUUCACGGCGGCUCCGAUGAAUCCUCCGCCGUCUACUCCGCCGCAAUUUAUCGGAACUGGACGAAAUCCUAAUGUGGUAUCCACCGGUCUUCGUUUGUCUCAGGGACAAUCGCAGAAUCGAGAACACCGGUUAUCACCUUUUCCGAUGAUAACCGGAGAUAUCGCCGGAGAAAUCAAACGGCAAACGGAUGAGUUAGAUAGAUUUCUUCAAACUCAGGGAGAGCAAUUGAGGCGCAUGCUAGCGGAAAACAGUGAGAGGCACUAUCGUGAGCUUCUGAGAACGACGGAAGAAUCAGUUAGGCGGAGAUUAAGAGAGAAAGAAGCGGAGAUCGAGAAAGCCACGCGUCGACACGCGGAGCUUGAAGCACGUGCGGCGCAGAUCGAGACGGAGUCACGUGCUUGGCAAGUGAGAGCGGCGGGGAGAGAAGCCGAAGCGGCGUCGUUACAAGCUCGAUUGCAGCAAGCCUUUGCCCACGGCGGCGGAGUCACGGCGGCGGAACCAAAAUCGGGUAGCGUAGACGGUGUGGAUGAAGCCGAAGACGCCGAAUCGGCUUACGUUGAUCCCGAUCGAUUCGAAUUGACCGGACCGAGUUGUAGGAUUUGCCGGCGACGAUCGGCGACGGUGUUGGCUUUGCCGUGUCGUCAUUUGGCUCUGUGUAAAGGAUGCGACGGCUCUGUGCGAGUUUGUCCGCUUUGCCUUAGCUCGAAGAAUUCAAGCGUGGAGGUUUUCUUUUCUUAAUGGGCCUUUCUUUAAUGGGUUAUACCAGACCCAGCGGUGGUAUUUUCAUAAUUAAAACGAAAUUUGUUAUUAUAUAUAUAAUUUAAUUGAACAUUUAUAUAUUAUAUAUACUUGAGUUUAAGUUUCUUCAUCCUUGAUUUCAAAGAAGCUGAGAGGUUGAUGUACAUAUGAUAUUGAAUAGCCACAUGCAGUGGUUUU